GAUGCGCAAUCCACGUUCAACAAGGAUCACUCAUCAUGGAAUUUGGCCCUGGAGGACUUGCUGAGCUAAAGGACAAGAUUGACAUCAGCCAACUAACUCUCAAAGCCUGUGGACAGAAUCAUGUCGAUAGGGGAAUGUUCUAUUGCCUAUGGAGAAAUGGCCAUUGUAUCUUCGUUCAGGCAGAACCUUUUUGUCGUCCAGAUAUUGAUUACAGCAAUUACUAUCAGGACUUUUCCCCGGAGAAUACCGCAUACAAUUAUGUUCUCGAAGUCCUGCAAACCAUGCUCGAUCAAAUCGAGUUUGGGCGUUCAAACUGGGCAUAUUUAGUCCGUCAGAAAGACGGCAUGUAUCGCCUGAUAUACAAAAACAGGCGUUUGAUCAAAGAUUGUGAGAUCUGGACAAAGACUGUGGAUUUACUUGACAUAGAGGUUACCAAGUUUUUAUUUCUCAAUGAUUGGAUAGGCAAAUACGAAGGAAGAGAAGUAGAUCUGCUUAUUGGAUGGGAUGACUCCUUCGCAUGUUGCGUGACUAUGACUAACCAGGGUCACAAAACCAUGUGUUCACUUGGACUAUCCAAGUAUACUUAUGAUUUGAUCGCUCAUGUCACAUAUAAUGGCCUUCUCAUAGGGCUUAUGACAGAGGCAGCUCUCGGACGUCAAAUCAUUGCCUCUGAUAGAGCCGCCGUUUACGAGGCUGUCGCCGACAUUCAAAGUCAUGGUAUCUUGCACGGAGGCCUCCUGGAGGAUAAUAUAUAUGUGACCGAUCAAGGCAUACGCUUUACUAACUUAAGUGCUGUUACCUACUACCAUGAUCGCGACGAGCUCGCAAAAGAGGCUGAAAUACUUCACUGGAAAAUUCUUGCUCGUAUAUUCGAUGUCCAGGUCGAUUCUAAUGAUAGAAUAGGCCCCAUCCGCAAUAUCAAGACCAACACGAUUGUAAUUCCCAGGCUUCCUACCCCGGAUCGUCCUUUGUCUGCCACGCAGGAACUUGCCAUGAUGCACCUCAUCUGGUCCAUUUACAUUACCCCGAUGAAAGGAGGUUGGAAACCCUUCUGCGACCCACAGAAAUACGCAUGGAGAUAUUUGGUUGAAAACACAAUGAAAAAGUGGAGUGCACAAAAUCUAGGGAAGGGUCAUGAAAACAAGCAGUGGAGACAUCGCAAGAAAGUCAUCACUGCUCCUCGUGACGUCUUGGAGACCGAAGAAGAUGUCAUUGAUACGGCGACACACUACGAUCAGGACGAACCAUUAGCUAUAUCAUUGCGUAGUUCGAAGGGUCGUCUUCACCCAUACCAUCGGCCCGCGCUUUCCAAAAAGAUUAUCGUCAGUUUCGAAGACUGAAGUUCACAGGAGCCAGCCUGUUAUUAACCCGCAGAAUGUGUCUUUCUUUGGGAUACUGGGUAUCUACGUCUCAGUGUUCUUUUAUCACUUUUCCAAAUAUCACGAAUUUCUUACGUAGUUUUGUCUGCUUUCGUUCAUAUUGCUAUGUUUCAAAAUUUGCUUUCUGUAUUACUCUCGUUAUCGCUUUGCUGAUUCUCGCUUUACUGAUGUUCGCUUUGCCCAAUUUCCUUCCACGUCUGUUGCUUCCAUGCAGUCCACUACGCUACUUGUAAUAUCACGAAAAUGGCUUUCAUUAGGGUUCUCAUCUGUCGCGGUUGUGGUGACGACAUCGGAACCGUAGAUCUAGGUUAAACAGGUCACGCCCCAUACUGCGCCAUGGUC